AUAGAAAAAAAAUUGUGAAUUUAGUUGUUUUUCACAUGCUCCAGGGGAUGCCUGAAGAUGUGCUACCUAGUAUAACCACACGAGAGGCAUAUGCCAAGUGUAUCAUUGAAUUGUUUCCGCAGCUACGAGAUCCGCAGACAGAAGGAGGAUUCGAAGCGUUCUUUGACCCAGUAUCUAAAAAGGGCUAUAUAACCACUAGAUUGAGAACAAUUUUUCGGGAACGAAAAAAGAAAUCAAUUCCACUGCCAUCAACUGCGUCCACAUCGACAUCGUCUGCAGUCAAUGAUGGUGCGGCAAUUCAGUUGACUCCUACAGAACUGGAAGAUAAAAUCAACUUCCUAAAGUUUGCAACCCCAGAUCAGAAUAGAGACAUUGUAGAAAAAACUAAAGAAACAUUUUUUGAUCGAAACCAAUACAGACAAGCAAAUUUAUGUGAAAAAUACCCCAGAUUUGUGGAUACUAAUGGAUUGAUUUCGUUAGAAUUCAGUUUAAUGUUUCCGAACAUUGAGGAAGACUGUCUCAUAAAGUCGUUUAAAAACCAUGUUCCAAUAAUAAAGGAAGUGUACGUUAAAACUGUGACUGUUCCUGACGUGACGCUAAUUCCGGGUGAAAACAACUGGGACAACACAACCUUAGCCCUGAUAACACUUGUGCACCUUAACCCCGGACAAAUUAAAAAAAGACUUACCGUUAAUGCAGCUGUGUCUCAUUUGAUAAUAUUUCAAAAUUGCGAAGAACCUCUGGAAGGUAUUUUGACACAGAAACCCACUACACAGCCAUUCAUUUUAGCCGUAGGCACUUCAAAAGCAACUAUUAGUAAGUGCUAUGUCGUUUUUGACAAAUAUAUAAUUGCCACGGGAAAUGAUAUUAUCGCAGCUUUCGAUGUUUGCUUUAAGGCGCACUAUGCUUUUAAUUUAAAAUUUGACCUAUACCUGGAGAGAUUCUACGAAUUGAUAAAUGAACUGUUUUACAAAAUUGAAACGAAUUCAAUUUGUAGUAGAACGAGGGAAUUGAGAACCAAAAUUUUGAAUUUAGUACGAAAAGAAUAGUGCUUCUACUUAUGUUUAUAUAAAAAUGUUUCUUUGUUAUAUAUGCUCAAAAUCUUUUCUAAAUGUUACGGUUCUAGUUAGACAUUUAAGACAACAACAUGCCUUAUAUGAUGGCGAAACAUUGGAAUUACGU